GCCCUCCGGCCACCGCCCCAGAUAUACCGAAAACCGCCCUUACGCCCUGCGCCUUUCAUCUGGCCGCCAGAUCCGAGCCAAAACUGGCAAUUCGAUCGCGCCUCCUUGACGUUAGCGGAGUUCGAAGACUUGAGAGCCGGGAAGCGGAAGGAUAGACGAAAAAGAGAAAAAACAUACACGUCGCAAUAGUAUAUAACGGGAAUAGCACAAGCGCAUGUACAUACGCGACAACGUUUAUCGUCAAAUAUCAAAAAACAAUCAAAAAAUAAUUAAAAUAUACACACACAUACAUACAUACAUACAUAUAUAUAUAUAUAUACACAUAUAUAUACGGAAGAGAAGAUCAAUUAUUGUUGGGGAAAAGAAAGAACUAGCUUAUACUGGGUUGGAUUAAUUCUCGAUUCGUGCCUGGAAUUUUUAUACUCUCGAUCGACUUCGUGAAAAUAGUUUCUUUUUUUUUUCAUCCUUCUGUCCGACACCUAAAUCUGUACAAAUAUAACAACGCGGCGUGACGAUGCUGAUCGGUCUGGUUCGCGAUUCUGUGCUGCAAUGCUUUUGCCACAGCUGCAAAGCCCCUUUGGGCUUGGUUGCUGCAACACAACGGCGUGGUGCGCCAAUCACAAAGAAGCCGGCCGGCAAAGGGAAACCACGCACGAAACAGCCGAAAAAAGUCAAAUUUAUCACAACUGAGAUUCGAUGCCAGGAGAAGUCUAAGGGCGGUCUAUGCUAUGAAGUGAUUUUGGCCGAGCCGACGGUCCCAAAACGGACUUCCUCACCGCCGCAGCCAAGUCCGACUCAGCAGAUAGCGAUAGAAGACAAGCUGAGAGCAGCGGAAGAGAGGCGACUCUCCCUGGAGGCUCACAAAUUGGCUGCUCUCGCAACAAAGCUUGGAAAAAUCGAGGAGGCGUCUCGCAAAAAGGAUGAGCUAAGCGCUGCCUUUAUUUCUCAGACCCGCGAGGCUCUUGAUGCUAAAAUGACAAACACUGAGGAAAAACGAGAGGCUCACAUCGCGGACCUUAAGAGCAAGCUCAAGGAACAUUUGGAGAGUGUGGAAAAGACUCGCCUCAGUUUGGAGCAGCAGACAGAGGAGGUUCGAUGCGCAGUUGAAGAAAAGCUCAAGACUGCCGCAGCUCAGCGUGAUGAAAAUAUUAAGAAGAUGCUUGAUCGCCUGAAGGAACAUGAGGACCAAGUUGUUCGCGUACGGACAGGAAUGUCAGAGCGAGUGCAGCAGCUCGAAUCCCAGAUUCAGGGCAAAUUGGAUCAAGCGCGCGAGCGGCGUGAGACAAUAGAACGCGAGCAGAAGGAAAAGCUGCGUAAUCAUAACACAGUGAAGAUAGCGGAAGUGCGUCAAGUAGCCGAGGUCUUUGCGCUGAAGGCAGUCGAGGCUAAAGAGCGAGAGCUCGCCAUGAGGCUGACUGCUGCUGAAAUCAACCGGCAGCGAGAGAUUCAGCGUCGUGUUCAGGCCAUUCGCCAGCAUGAGAGACGUGCUGAGAUAGUGAGGCAGAACAAAGCAGCACUUGCUGGACAAGAAUCAAAAACAGGGGAUCAGCCAAGCUCGCCGGUGGAAAAGGAGACUGCCAGCUCUGGUUAAAUUUCCUCCUUCCCUUUCUCAUUUAAUAAUAAAUAUCAUUUUCCAAUGUUCUAUAAAUAUAUUUUGCUAGGGCGUAAUGAUUGUUCCCACCAUGAUGUGUGUAGCGAAUUCGUACUGAUAACCCGCAAAGGAUUUAUUACACGUAAUGAAUGAGGAGGAUGAUUUGUGAUGAUGGUAAUGUCAGCUUUCGGCGAUGUUCGAAUCUCAUGACAAAUAUUUACAGACGAUUCGACGAGUUGAUGGGUUACAAUAUCAUUCUUUUUUAAUUCACUUCGCGUUACCUGCUACUGUGUUUCAUUUUUCUCUUCUAAAUUACGCUUUCAUUUUUUCAAUCGUCACCAGUGAUUGCUUGGAUUAUAAUCUUUUUCCAGAACCGAAUUAUUGAGUCGAAGUUGUUCAAAACUAUACCAAGAUGAUUAUCUAGCCUUUCAUAUAAUUUUUAAAUAUAGUCAUUUUCAAUUUCGUGCAUUUUUUAUUUAUUUUACCUUUGAUUGUGUUCUAUUUCGUGAAUUAAAUACGAAAAAUGAAGAGGCCACGUUUAUAAUCAAGAAGGACUUCAGUGAAUAUCCUCUACAUAACUCUAUCGCUUUUUACAGAACAAAGUAACGAUAUAAUCGCCUGCGAAAUAUAGAUGGAAUCACUAUUGAUAACCAUUAAAAUAACAGUUUAAUUUUUAUGCUUGUGACAAAAUGAAACUUAUUCACAAAAAGAAAAAAAAAAUCGCGCAUCUAAAUGUAUUUAUAGUUACGUAAUAAUUUUACUUUGUUUCCUUUUGUUUCAUUAUAGUUAUAAAGCUUUGAAUUUAAGUUAUCACAUCAUUAUUAUACUAUUAAUAUUAAGUGUUUUCCUUUCAUAAUUUUCACCUAUUUUGAUACGAAUUUUGUAUUUUUUUCUGCGAAUGAUCGUAAAAAAAAGUUGGAAAAGAAAUGCAAAAUAAGCUGAAGAAAAUUUUUCAAGCGUUCGCAGGAGAUUAAUCGAUAUCAUAGUAUGAAACUGAAGAAAUAAAUCUAUACUUUUAUUAUUAUAAUUUCUUUGUUAUUUAUGUUUAUCCGUUAUUGUUAUUAUUAUUAUCAUCAUCAACAACAAAUAGUGACAACAUAAGUAAUAAAAAAAAAUCACUACUAAUAAAAACUCGAAUAAUAAUAAUAAUAACAAUAAUAAUAAUAAUAAUUGUAAUGAUGAUACCUAAUUGAGGAAUAUUGCUAAAAACAAUUACCGCUACAAGGAGAUAAUAAAUAACGCGAUAAUAAAACCUGCAUACUGCUGAUGAUUAGACGUGAGAGACUAAAUUUAAAAAAACGAAAAAACUAAUACAAUAAUUUUACACUGCUGGCUUAAUACUUGAAUAAUGCGUCUAAUAUGGAGAUAAGAGGAAGAAAAGCGCGUGAAAGGAGAGUAUAAAAAUAAAUAGACGAAUAAUAUGAUACGAGGUAUAAAAAAAAGAUACACGAAUCAAUCGCGAGGAUGAUGAUAAGUAUAGUAAAUAAAUUCGUAUGAUGCUUUAUACUAGGCUUGAAACUUGAAACGUUUUGUACUCAAUUAUAAUAAUAUUAGAACGCUGAGAAAAGGGAAAAAAAUUAUGAAAAAAACCAACACUAUAUUAACACAAAUAUACAUAUGGAGUAUAUAUAUAAAAUAUAAUAAUUAUUACAAUAAAUAUAAUGCUUCUGUGAUGACUAAUUCACUAUAUUCUAUCACGUGUUUUACAUAGUUUCUAUAAGCGCAAGAUAAUAAUAAUAAUAAUUCAAUAAAAUUACCCAUUCGGCAGCUUCGCUCAUAUUGGAUGUGUUUCAAAUGUCGUAUUCUGGUGGGCUUUGAAAAAUAUUUCUGAAGUCGAGAAUAAAGAAAAAAAAACAAUUUGAGACCAAAAAACUCCUUGCGAGAUUUGAAAAAAAGUUGGCCGUACCUUUCAUUACCAAAUCUAAUAGGAGUAAUAGGAUUAUGUCAUAUAAUGAAAUGUCCAGAUUUGAGCCUUGUGGACAAUUAUACACGUUGCAUUGUUUCAUGAAGAGAAAAGAGCUGUUUUUUGUUUCAAGUUGAAGAUUAUUCUUAUUGGCUCAUACCCGAUCUCAUGAUCAGCUUUUGAUUUAAAAGCAGCAUGGCCUUUAUUAUGCUGAGGAUUUCCGUUUUACUUGUUCUAAGAUGUCGAGUAAAAGUAGAUUAUUCAACUUUAUGAUGGCUGUGAAUGUGCUGUAUCAAUCUGCUAGGUCGUGAUGGGGAGUUUGAAACACAAAUUCAUGUUUCGGAAUGUCAAAUUUGGGUAUGUUUCUAAUGUAAGAAAUUUUUUUCCAAUCAAAAUUAUGUCUGACAUCGCAGUUUUGGUUGCAGCCGUUUUAAUUCCAGUGCAUAGAAAGCUGAAUAAUAGAUUCUUCUUGCAUUUUGAUUUGAUGAGGAGAAACAUUGAAUGAUAAGAACCACUGAAAUGAGACAUUUUAGAGAUACCUAAUGUGUAGAAAUAUUCAUCGUCAACGGCAGUUAGAAAAGGGCGAUACGUGCACGCAGCAAGCCAUGAAAUAUUUUUUCCACAUUUAAAAUGUGCUAUGACGCACCUAUAUUUAGGAUGUUUCAUAGCCAAUGAAUAGGAAAAUUCAAAUAAAUAAUGAUAGUGUUUAUUAUUGUUAUCAUUAACGAUGAUCUAACAAUGACGAAAGGCUGAAAUUUUGCAAGGAUAGAAAAGAAAAGGAAUAAUGAUGAAAAAAAAAAUAGAAAAAAGUAAGAAACCUUCUGAAAAAGUAAGAUCAACGGGGAAGAAGAGUAAAUGAAUAUAAAUAAUUAAAAAAAUAACACUCAAAUCACAAAACACGGUGCAAUGAAAUGAUGGCAGUAUUAUUAUAAUGACGAAUAACUGACAGGCCUCCGAUGUUUUAUGAGAAGGAUUUUAUUGGGGGGCAUAGAAAACGUGACCGUAAUUAAAGUUUGAAAUUCACGGUUGUUGGGCGCAGAGUGUUUCUUUGAAAUUUCCAAUGUGUAACGAUGAUAUAUCUAUUUUUGCAUAAUUGUUGUGUGUGAAUCUUUUUGCAUAUUGUAUUUCAUAUAAUAAUUACUAUCCUGGUACUUGAGUGCAUAUAUUAUAGAUCAUAUACCUACCCGCCUACCCCUGGCAGUGAUGCUGUUUUAUCCUUUUAAAUAUUUGUCCUUGUAAAUUUUUGGUUUUGUGUACUGUUAUUAACAAUGUAUAUCUCUCAAUGAAUAACAAACACACACAAGGAGUCCCUUUCUUUUGUGAGCUUAUUAUAUUAGUGUAUUGUCUUGAAUAUUGAUAGUUUACUUUAAGCUACGGAAUGAACUGAACUGCAGUCAAUGCUGGUAAAAUAAAUGCAACAUGAAACUCUAUCCUAUCUAUCUCACCUGAAUACAAUUUUACCCUAAUCGAAUGAGACCCCGCAUGGGAUUGGACUUGAAACUGGAUAUAGAAAUCUCCUGACAUCAAACUUGAGUAAGGAUGCGUUGUCUAUAUAAUAAGUAAAAUUUACGUAUUUGUAGUAAAGGCCCUUCGACAGUCAAUUUUACAUGAAACUUAUCUGUAUGUUACAAGAGAUGUCACCGGUGGGGAUAUUGAGUGAAACCUUUUGAGAUUGUCAGAUCAAUUGAAUGUUGAAGUUCAUAUUCCAGAUCACAUAUUGGCUCGUAACUUUUGAGAUUGUUUACGUCGUAUUUUAAAUCGAAGUUUCCAGUGAAGUAAUUAAGUGUGCCAGAAGGUUGCUUUGAAAACAUAUGUAUGAACGUCCAAAGGGUGGCCAACUCAGAAGUUAAACGGAUUAUUUGAAAUUGAAACUGAAAUGAUUCGUGCUACUUAUAAGGUGACCACCCUUUGGACUUGCACUGAAAAACAUGACCCGCGCUCAUACCUCAUGCAAAUAUUUAUACUUCAAUAAGAACGAAUUACAAUUUGUCAUCAGUUAAAAACAAUGUACACAGUUUUUCCAAAAUAAACAAAAAACCGAGUUUUGAAAAA